CUGGAUGAGGUGUUAGUUAAUCAGUUAAGGUGAAGAUGCUGGUUUGCUCACCACACCAGCAGCAGCUGCUUUUGCCCUCUCUCCAAUACUCCGUCUCAAUCCGUCGUCGCAGGAAUUGUAGCACCAAAACCAAUCUACUCUACUUCUUCGUCCCCAACACCACCCCACACCGUAAGCCUUUCCUCCUGCAUUCCUCCUCACUCCUCAAUCAAUCGGCCCAAGUCUCCGACAAUGAUAACAACAGAGGAAGCAACCAACAGAUUCUCCGAGAGCAUAACGCCAGAACCAGAGCUCUCCUUCUGCGCCACUUAUCUGAUGAACAAUCAACCACGAGAGACGAUGUAGAAGAAGCACAGACCAUACCUGAACCACUACAAGAAGAAGAAGAUAAAAUGACGGAGGAAGAGAAAGUAAACUUGAUGGAGAUGUCUCUUGUCAAAAGAAGAUCCCCUCAAUUUGCUGGCUCCAUCUACUUGCAGUCCCGUGUAGGGCCUGAGGGCAGAAACUCUCCUCCUCCUCUGAACCGUCUCUUCCGAAGAGGAGCUAUCGACAUCGAUGACGAUAAGAUGUUAAUGCGGGCACUUGAAAUCCGACGUAAGGUCACCGUUGAGAUUUUCAAGGAGGCAAUGCGUGCUGGUAGGUUUCGUAUUACCUUCUCCACCAAUUUGGUCUCUAGGUUGCCCGACUUCAUUGACCAUAUUAUGAUCCAAGCUGCCUCCUUGAAGCGCUUACCUGAAUUCUCCCAUUCCACCUUCAACAUUCGCGCCAAGACCGUCAUACACAACUCCAAUGUCAUUCCUCUCAUCAGGUGCUUGAAGCAAAAUUCAUUGAAGUAUCCCCAGAUUGGGAAGCUCAUUUGUAUGUCUUGUGAAAAUCUCGAGUUGAUAAGGCAGAAGAUUGAGUGGUUGAAGACUAUUCAUGUGAAGGGCGAAUUUCUUGGUGUCACGCUUGAAAAGGCAGGAGGGAAUAUUUUGCAGCGCAGCAUCCAAGAGUUGGAUGAGGUUGUUUGUUAUCUAGAGAGCAAUGGAGUCAGAAGAGAAUGGAUGGGGUCUGUCGUUAGCCGUUGUCCUCCACUGUUGGGUUACCCCAUGGAAGAAAUGAAAGCGCGUGUGAAUUUCUACUUGGACAUGGGCAUGGAUAAGAAGGAUUUUGGCACCAUGGUAUUUGAUUAUCCCAAGGCACUCAGCUUCUUCACUCUGGAAGAUAUGAACUCUAAGGUUCAAUACCUUAGGGAGUUUGGCUUAAGUAAUGAAGAUGUUGGGCGUUUGUUGGCAUUCAAGCCACAUUUGAUGGGUUGCAGCAUUGAGGAAAGAUGGAAGCCCCUUGUAAAGUACUUGUAUUACCUUGGGGUUCGGCGAGAUGGUAUGAGGAGAAUUCUUACAUUGAAACCAAUGGUUUUCUGUGUUGAUUUGGAGACAACAAUUGCACCUAAGGUACAAUUUUUACAGGACAUAGGUGUUCGUGAAGAAGCAAUUGGCAAUAUGCUAGUCAAAUUCCCUCCUUUAUUAACAUAUAGCCUCUACAAGAAAAUCCGCCCAGUGGUUAUUUUCUUGAUUGCAAAAGCUGGAGUGACCAAGGAAGAUAUUGGGAAAGUGAUAGCUUUGGGACCUGAACUCUUGGGAUGCAGCAUCGUUAAUAAGCUCGAGAUUAAUGUGAAGUACUUUCUUUCGCUGGGAAUUCCUCUCCAUUUGCUUGGUGAGAUGAUUGCCGAUUUUCCCAUGUUGCUAAGAUACAGUUUGGAUGUCCUCCGACCCAAAUACAGUUAUUUGAGGAGAACUAUGGUCAGGCCGUUGCAGGAUCUCAUUGAAUUCCCAAGGUUUUUCAGUUAUUCCCUAGAUGGUAGAAUAAUUCCAAGGCAUAAGGUUUUGGUGGAAAACCGAAUAAAUUUCAAACUGCGUUACAUGUUAGCAAGCUCUGAUGAAGAGUUUAAUCAGAGAGUUGUUGCCGCAGUGGAGAGGCGUCGAAAAUUUGAAUGUGGUGUGAACAAUGAUUCUGCUCCAGAUUUUCAUGCAACUAAUUGUUCCACCGAGUGAAGCAGAUUGUCAAGGAAGGAAUGUCUUAACUCUUAACACUGGGAGUUGAUGCAAUAAUUCACUUCUCUCAAGAUGAUAAUAUGGAGGUGCCUACUGGUUCAGAAUGUAAAGCCUUAGGCUUGCCAUAGCCGAGACCUGAGAUCGAAUCUUGGCUUUGUCAUGUGCUGAUGUGCACCACCUUUGCGUAAUAUGCACACCCCUCCCUCUUUCCCUGCACCUGUCUUGUGCACUUUGUAUUCAUUGGCAGAGACUUAAGGUGAUGCAUACAAAUAGCAAUUUCACCCAGGAAAAAACUGCAAAAACAAGUGAGCUUCUCAGGAACAUGCUCCAUCAGUCUGGCAAAUGUUCAUUGUGCAGAAACUGAGCAUUCUCAAGCUCAACGUCUGUAAAUCAUACGUAAUUCUCAAAUAAAAUAAGUUUGAUUUU